AUGACCAGUCCACCAAACGAACAAAGCUCUUUACUCUCUCCAACAACAACUUCAAAUCCAAAGUUACAAAUAGCUUAUAAACGACUACGAUAUUAUAUUCCUGCUUUCGAAUGGAUCCCGUCUUAUUCUAGUGAUGAUUUCCUUCAAGAUGCAGUGGCUGGUGUCACUUUGGCUUGUUUACUUAUUCCUCAAUCAAUUGGUUAUGCUUCACAAUUAGCUGGGAUCCCAUCUGUCAAUGGUCUCUUCUCGGCUGCUAUCCCUGCGAUCACAUAUCCUUUACUUUGUACUGGUCGUCAUGUAUCAGUGGGACCUGAAGCUGCAUUAUCACUCUUAGUAGGCCAACUUGUCAAACAACUCGUCCAACAUCGACAAUUACAUUCACCUUCGGAUUUCGCACCUUCAGAUGAUGAACUUCUUCAACUAGCCGUCACAAUCUCAACGAUUGUUACAUUUGAAAGUGGUCUGAUCACUUUCCUUUUUGGAUUUUUCCGUUUAGGAUUUUUGGACGCGAUCCUUUCUCGUGCUCUUCUACGCGGAUUCGUAUCUGCUAUAGCAAUUGUGAUUGCAAUCGAACAAUUGAUUCCUAUCUUAGGACUCUCAGCUCUUGAACAUGCUCAAGGGAUCUCAUCAGAAGGAGCGGUUGAAAAAUUGAUAUGGACCCUCUCUAACCUCAAAUCGAGUCAUCGAAUGAGUUGUUUAAUCAGUCUAGUCAGCUUUUGUGCAUUGAUCGCCAUACGGUCUUUCAAAACGACUGUCUAUUGUCGCUCCAGACUACCUCUAUUGAAAUAUGUACCAGAUAUUCUUAUCAUCGCCGGUUUAGCCGCUGCACUUACGGAUAUCUUCAAUUGGGAUCAACACGGUGUAGCAGUAGUAGGAAGUAUACAUGCAAGUCAAGUUAAAUUAGGUCUUCCAUGGCGUGGAAUUGAUAAACAUCUCCUUAAAGAUACUCUUGGGACUGCCAUCACGAUUUGUAUCUGUGGAUUUGUGGAUUCGAUCGUGGCGGCUAAAGGAGAAUCGUCUCGGUUUCAUUAUCCUAUCAGUCCUAAUCGAGAAUUAGUAGCACUAGGUGCAGCCAACAUCGUGACCUCAUUCGUGAGUGGUGAUAUGCCAGCAUAUGGCUCAAUCACCCGUAGCAGACUUAACGCCUCAACUGGUGCAAGAACUCCAAUGGCUUCGGUCAUCACCGGCUUGACGAUUCUCUUUGCAACUUACUUCUUACUCGAUUAUCUAUUCUUCUUGCCGAAAUGUGUAUUAGCCGUAGUGGUCACAAUGGUAGUUUUCCAUUUGAUCUCAGAACUUCCAGAAGAUCUGGCUUUCUUUUGGAAACUUAGAGGUUGGACGGAACUAGCGUUGAUGACUUUUACCUUUUUGAUCACUUUGGUAUAUGAAGUCAAGACAGGUAUCAUCAUGUCUGUGGCUGUAAGUAUGGUGUUGACUAUCAAAGAUGCUACAGCUAUUAGAGUUAGGAUAUUAGGAAAAGAUCCUAUUUCUCAAAGCUGGGAGCCUAUUGAUCCACUUCGACAUGAGGCCGAAGCCGAACUUGAAACAGAUGAUGAAAUUCCGGGAGUACUAAUUGUCAAAAUCCGAGAAUCACUCAGCUUCGCUAACGCCGGUCGCCUGAAAGAAAAACUGAGACGACUAGAGAUGUACGGAUAUCGUAGACGACAUCCUUCUGAUGAAAGAGAAAGAGAUCAAACUAGAAUGCUAGUCUUUCAUCUUGGUGAUGUAGAAAAGAUUGAUGCUUCAGCAUUACAGAUCUUCAAAGAGAUUGUCGUUGAAUACAAAAUGCGAGAUGUAGAGGUUUGGAUUUGUCAUGUGAUACCAAAUCGACUUGUACGAUUUGAAAAGGCUGGAAUUCUGGCGAUAGUCGGAAAAGAUCGGAUCUUGCCUAAUGUGAAUGAAGUUCUUAAACGAGCCCAAAAAAUCGGUUCACAAACUAACAGUCAAGCAGAAGUAGACAUAAUGCUAAGAGACGAACAUGACGAAGAUUUACCGAUUUGAAGAAUUCAUCUUCGUUAUUUCUUAUGAUUUCAUAUAGACUUUAAGAUCUAAAUGCGAUUAAUUCAAGACAUCUAUCAUCUUGCUGAUCUUUAUCUGAACACUUGAUUCAUACACAUUUUUUUUUGUUUAAGCAUUAAUUUUUCACUUCUGGUUAUUUAUUUGAGAAUAUUAAAACACUGAGAACUUGUACUUGUUGAGACUUGCAUUUUGAUUGAUUGUUUUUCUAUGCUUUUUUAUAAACACUCACGUCAUCUGAUUGGUUUCACUUUGAAAUGAAUAUGUAUGCAUAGAAUCAAUUUGACAUGGC